CCUGCAGAGCCAGCCACAGCUCCCCUCACCAUCAGACUAGCCUGGGACAGUGUGACACAAAGCAGCCCCUCAUCCAGGGGAAAUACUUGAGCAGGUGACAGUCCAGCUGCCCCUGGCCCAGCAGGCCAAGGACAAGGGAACAGUGGGGCAUCCCGAGGCUGUGGAGCGCAGCUGGGAUGCUGGCAGAAGGCUUGGCAGGUCAGGGAAUGCCAUGGCAGGAUCCCCAGACUUGGUGAGGCAGAGGCAGACAGGGCAGGAAGCAGCUGCCAACAUCGGCUAUCACGAUGGCCGCCAGUAUGCAGCUGAGUCUGAGCGGCUCAGGAAGGCCAGGCUGCGUGUGGAGAAUGCCAUUAAGGAGAAGAAGAUCUUUGCAGUGCAGGGGCCUUACCCCGUCAUUCGCCGGCUGCUGCGCGCCCGCGGCUGGGUGGAGAGGAAGCUGCCCCGCAAUGGCAGGCAGCUGAAGCAGCAGCCUGGCGACCAAAGCAAACGGCAGCUGGAGACGAGGGCAAGUGGUGGCGGUGAUGAGCAGGGGGAGGCAGUGCUGAGCCCACGUGGUGGGACACAGCCUUCCCUGGGCACCGCAGAGCCCCUGCAACACCCAUGGCCACGUGAUAAGGAGAACAAGGGGCAAAGGGAAGAUGAAGACACGAAGGAAGACAUGGAGCAGUGCAAUGAGGACUCCGAUGACAUCCAUAACCUCAUGUCCUUCCUGGUGCAGGACCAGGUGCCAAACUUCCUCUGGACCAUUCACCUUAGCAGCAUUGACCAGGAGUUGCUGCCGAGGAUUGAGAUGGUGAACCGCUAUCCCCGGCUGUCUGCGCUUUGCACCAAGGAGGGGCUGUGCCAGAGCCUGCAAAACUUGCCCUGGUUCGAGCAAGUUGACUUCAACACCUUUUUCCCCCGGUGCUACCGGCUGGGGCUCAUGGACGAGCAGGAAGCCUUCAUUGAGGAUUUCCUCCUGACAGCAGCUCGCAGCCUGCUCAAACUGGCCCUGCAGAAGGUCAGGGACAGGCCGGUGGGGACAGAGCAGCCCCCAGAAUCUGACAAGGUGCCAGCAGAGCCGCGCUCCCCCCUGUAUCCCCAGCUGGUGGAGGAGGCCCUGGAGGUCUGUGAGCAGCACCUGGGCAUCCUGGGGCACCAGGACAUUGACAGGAAGACCCCAUCGCCCUGCCGCACAUGCAUCGACUGGGACCGCUUCCUGCCCGAAUACUACCGUGUGGCACAUGAGGGGACCAGGCUGGUGCUGGGCAGGGAGCAGCAGGAGCGGUGCCAGGACCUGCUGCAGCGCCUGGAGGAGAAGCUGCCGCAGUUCAGCAUAGAGGGCAACCUUAACAUCUGGAUCGUCAAGCCCAGCGCCAAAUCCCGCGGCAGGGGUAAGGCUGGGGGAAGCAUGGGGCACACACAUCCCCACAGAGAGGGGAUCCCACCAUCGCUGUGUUGCCCAGGCAUCGUCUGUGCCACACGGCUGGAGGAGGUGCUGGAGCUGGCGCAGAACUGCACGAGCCCCCCGGCGCAGGUGUGCAAGUGGGUGGUGCAGAAGUACGUGGAACAGCCGCUGACCAUCUUCAACACCAAAUUCGACAUCCGGCAGUGGUUCCUGGUGACUGACUGGAAGCCACUGACUGUCUGGUUCUACCGAGACUGCUACCUGCGCUUCUGCUCCUGGCCCUUCUCCCUGUGUCACCUGGAGCCCGCCAGGCACCUCUGCAACGUCUCCAUCCAGAAGCGGUACAAAACAUCACAGCCGGACUCCCGCGUGCCCCCCGACAAGAUCUGGUCCAACAAGCAGUUCCAGGCCCACCUGGCACAGCUGGGGCAGGCGAAUGCUUGGCAGCAGGUCAUGGUGCCCGGCAUGAAGGCGGCGAUCCUGAACGCCCUGCGCUGCACCCGGGACCAGGUGGGCUCCCGCAAGGGCAGCUUUGAGCUCUUCGGGGCCGACUUUCUCAUCGGGGAGGACUUCCAGCCCUGGCUGCUGGAGAUCAACUCCUGCCCCACCAUGAGCCCCUCCUCGGCGGUGACACGCCGACUGUGCGCCAACGUCCAGCGGGACACGCUGCGCCUCGUGCUCGACCGCAAGGACAACCCCACCUGUUCCAUUGGUGCCUUUGAGCUCCUCUACAGGGAGGCACCUGUGUCCUCAUGUCUGACUGUGGGGCUGAAGCUGAUGGUCACAGGCCGUUCUCUGAAGAAGCCCCAGCUGGCAAAGCAUCGCUCCCAGGACAAGCCCUCCACCACUGUACUCAAUCCCCAGCUCCCUGCACCCUCAGGGGACAGAGCCACCAAGGUCCCCUGGUCCAGAGCAGCACAGGAAAAGCUGUCUCCUCUGGGACUGCAGAGCAGCUGCUCCCUGCCCAAGUCUGGCCCUCCAGCACUGCCACAGCCCUUGGACUGCUCUGCUGGGGGCCAGGAGCUGCCAUGGCUCCUUCACCUGGUGGUGGGGCAGCCCAAGGAAGCUCAGCCCCAGGAAGCUCCACCUCAGACAGCUUUGCUGCCGAUCACCAGCUGUCCUCUGGAUAGGGGGCCUGUGUCACCACCCCGGGGAGCAACCAAGAGCCCCUGGCAACCUCCGGGCGGUUCUGCCAGGAGCCAGGAGCUGCCAUGGCUCCUUCAUCUGGUUGGGCAAGCCGAGGAUGCCCAGCCUCAGUUAGCUCACACCCAGGAAGCUCAGCCCCCGAUCAAUAGCCAUCCCCUGGAUAGGUUGCCUUCGCUCCAGGAAGCGCCCAAGAGGCCCUGGCGGCGCCCAGGGUCCGGGAGCCAGGGAUUGACACAGCUCAGUCAGCCGGGUGGGCAGCCUCAGGCUGCUCGGCCCCACAAAGUUCUGCCCCUGAUCAAUGCCCAUCCCCCGGUGCGGGGGCCUGUGCCACAACCCUGGGGAGCCCCCAGCAGACCCUGGCGACCCCCGGGCUGUGCACCGGCUCCUGCAGGACUUCCUGCCAGGCCAGUGCGCCUGCCGGCGCUGUAACAGCACCGGGACCCCUGGCCCCUGCCUGGGACAGGAGAACCCGGCAGCUCCCAAGGGAAUGCAGAAGAUACCCCCACGAGGUGACAGCACCCUGCCCAUCCUGGAUGGGGUAACACAGCAGCACCCGGCUGCCUCCCACGAGAACGGGAGCCCACUGCUGUGCCAUGGUAGCCACCUUAACCUGCAUGCCUGCUUUAAUAGACUUUCGUGAGAAG